UGGCCGAAGUGAUGGCGACCGGGACCCCAGAUUCGCAAGCGCGAUUCGGUCAGUCCGUGAAGGGGCUUCUGACGGAAAAGGUGAACACCUGCGGUACUGACGUGAUCGCUCUAACCAAGCAGGUUCUGAAGGGCUCCCGGAGCUCCGAGCUGCUAGGUCAGGCAGCUCGAAACAUGGUACUCCAGGAAGAUGCCAUUUUACACUCAGAAGAUAGUUUAAGAAAAAUGGCAAUAAUAACAACUCAUCUUCAGUACCAGCAAGAAGCUAUUCAGAAGAAUGUUGAGCAGUCUUCAAAUCUGCAGGACCAGUUGAAUCAUCUAUUGAAAUAGAACGAGUUAGAAGAGGGCAAAAGCACUUCUUUGCCUGACCCUGAGGAGGAAGUAUCUCACAUAACCAUGUGCUAUGGGUUUGAUUUUCCAUUUUCUUCUCCAAAAGUUAAGUUAGAAAAGAUCUGUGAUGAUGAACAGUUUCUCCUGAAAGGAAAUUAGGUGAAUAAAUUUUAGAAGCGCUUCUUAAACCAACGUAGGCUUUCAAUGAAUUUUUAAGUUGUUCUGUUAGUUUGAUAUUAAAGCAAAAUUAAAAGAUGUCUUAGUUUUUCCCACAGAAUUUUAAUAUGUCAAAAGCCAUGUUGUCUAAAUGUGUUUCUUAAGUAAAUACUGAGUAGUGUUUUAAAUUCAGACUUAGAGAGUCUACUGUGAAUUUAUAAGAAGGAUUAAUAUUUUUUAAAGACUUUUUUUCUUUUAAUCAUACUUUUAGGAAAUAUUUUAAUUUCAUGGUCACAGAAUGAUGAUUAGGUAAUACCGGUUGUUUUCUUUUCUAGUAACUAAGAAGAGAUACUUUUUUGUUGGAGCAAAUUCCUUCAUGAAAAUUAGGCAAAUGGUAUCAUAUCUGGCCAGCUGCAACCUCCUGCCUUGACCUUCAUUCCUAGGGUUUCUUUGUUGUUGUGACUCUUGAUUAAGUGGCCUUGGGUUCAUUUUGUAAUUUUGCUAGUCGUCAGCAAAUUCACUUGUAUGACAUUAUUGCCAAGUAAGAACUCAGCUAAAUUACCAGGAUUGCAGUAUAAGGUUGUGCCAUGUAGAAAAGCCCUUAUGUUUGUAGAUGUAUACCCAUGUUCACUGAAUUUAUCUUAUUAAAUGUCAUUGCCUUUGUUCUCAA